AUGGGAGGAAUGGCGAAUCUACUGAAUGGCAUCAGAGUCAAAGAAGAAUCUAUUCAGAAACUAGAAGAAGUCUGUAUUAAUACAAAUUUGGUGUGGUCUCCCCAUAAUCCAACUAGUCACAUGCAAGGUUUCGCAGAUAACCAACAAAAUCCAUUAAUCAGAUGUCACGAGGCUCCAGGAGGCAGAAUGGUUGUGGUAAACGAACCUGGCAAUGGACUUUCUCCGACGACAAUGCCCAAUCCCAACGUCCACAUUAACUCGCAACAAAUUCUGGGUCCAAACGGACAAAUCAUCAACGUCCACGAAAUUCCUCCUCAAAACCACAGUGGUAUGGUGAACCAAGGGCAAAGCCAAAUAAUACAGGGUCAAAAUGUAAACAUGAUGCACGCGCAGCAUCAACAACAACAACAACAACAUAACAGGGUAUACAUGAAUACUCAACCAUCCGAACCUAGCGGACCCGGUCGGCCAAACAACCAAAGCAAUUUAAUUCCUCAACAACAAAUUAAACUACCAGAGUUACACAAAAAAGUUUUACAACAACCGCACAUAUUCAAUAAUCAAUUCGAACAAGUUGAUCCUAGUAAAAACAUACGUCCUUUCGGUUACAAUGGAAUGAGACCCCAAUCGAUGCCUCAUCAACAUCAGUUAAAUCAAAUGCAAAUGCAACAGCAAAAGUUUCAAUGGCAACAUCGUAUGCAAAACAUGAAUCAAAUGAACCAACAAAUGCAAAUUCAACAUAGCAUGCAAAAUAAUCAAAAUGUUUACGAAAGAGUGCCUCCCCUUCACCAGCACAUGCCUAAUCCAGUUUGGCAAGAAGAAAUAAGACGGAAAAAAGUAAAACUAAACAAAAUGACUAAAAACAGACAAUACCAUAUGAUUGAAAGUAACAAUUGUCAAAUACGUAAUACAGGGCCUUGUCCUAACAUUGAUGUUCGUCAAAUACCCAACGAAAACCGGCCUGUAUUAAUCAAUCAAAUGCAACAACAUAAUCAUAAGGCCACAAGUCCAUCAUUCAUGGAAGAUCCUACCGGAUAUUUAGCCCAACAAACUGCUCUGCUUAAUAACACAAUCAACCGACAAACUUACGGUAGUAGUUCAAAUGUCCCUCAACACAAUAUAAUUACCAUAUCAAAUUCCCAACAGCAAUCAAACGAGGUACCCUUACCUAGCAAUGUAAACAUAAAGCCUCAAUUUCCAAGAGUAAAUCAAAAUAUGAAUGUGAUGAAGCAUCAACAACAAAUAAAACCGCAAUAUAAUCAAAUGGAGCAAAUGCACCAACAACAACAGCAAAACAUUGCAGCUGAUAGUAGUAUAGUGCAAGAACCUCAAAUGCAUCACUAUGUGCAGCAAUGUCAAGGUUGCAUCAACGAUACACAAUUUGCGCCUAGUAAUCAAAAAGUCAAACAUCCUAGUAGAUCUGAUAGCGCCCCUAGUACUCCAAGCUCGUGCGAGGAUCCAGUUACUUCUUCAAUGUACUCAGACAAGCAUAGCCCCGAUUUGAGACCAAUACAAGGUGGUACUGUUAGCACCAGUAAUGUCUCACCUAUGGAUAGCAUACAUUCAGACCCACCAACACCUAACCCACAUACUCCUACACCUCCACAAAAAUUAAUGGAUAAUUUACAAAAUUCGUUCAGCAUACAAAACCACGAUGGACAAAUAGUACAAAUCGUUUCGCAAUCCAGAGAGAAUUACAUACAGCAGCUGCAAGAGCAUCAUAACGACCAACACAACAAGAAUCAAAAAUUAGAUUCAAGUUAUGCCUUUUCUCAUUCUAGUCAACAAAAUAUCACAAAAACAAACGAAAGGCCUGACAGAAGCUUUCUUACUGGACUCGUUACUACUAUGGCAAGUGGUCGCACUUCUGGUCAUAACACCAUCACUUCGGUUCUUGCUGGAAGAACCAACACCGCAACAGUAUCAAUUAAUAACGUUGAAUCAAACCCUUCAAGUGCAGCUUUAACAAUUCCAUCACAAAGCUUAAAUAUUAGUGUUUCAAAGAGUCCUCUGGAAAUGGUACAAAGUGUCGUUAGUAGCAUACAAGUGCCACAAUCGCAGCAUCAUCACCAUCACCACCAUCAAAAUAUUACUGUAUCAAUUGCCCAAACUAGCCCCCAAGUGUCUCAGCAGAUUAUCAAACAUUCACCUUCGGGGCUCCCUCCUGGUCACAUUUUAGUCUCCUCUAACGGCCAGCUUAUAAUGGCGAGUGCAGCCAACGUAAUGGCUCCUCCCCCACCGCCAAAAGUAGUCACUAGUCAAAAUGCAAUGCCUCCUGUAUCUGUAUCUCCAAUGGUCACAAACGUUACGGCUGCUGUAUCACAAGUCAUACCAACUCAGCAAGUUCUGGGCCAACAAACUGUACUAGUUAACACACUACCUGCACCAUUCGUUCUACAACCAGGAGUUACCAUGACCAUGGACGGUAUGACUGUGGGCCAAAACAUGCAAAUACCUCAAAUUGUUACUGGAAAUAUGAUUCAGCAACAAAUACAGCUUGACAGUAACGAUUCUCGAAGGGCGUUAUUGUCUCCAGAAACAAAGAAAAAAGGCAAAAAAAGGAAAUUGCCAUCACAAACUGUUGCAGGAAUGCUUCAUAUCGCUGCCCAGCAAAAUUCCGGCAUGGUGGUUAAUCAGCAAGGUUUCCCUCAGCAAAUUCAAGUGGCUCACAGUCCACACAGCAUUACCACUACACCUGUAAUGCAAGCACUCACCAUUGUUCCUAGUAAAACAGGAGGCCCGCCUCAAAUAGUGAUGAACGGACAGGCAGUUGCAAACGCCCAACAAAUCAUAAACUCGCAGCCAACUCAACAAAUAAACUUAUUACAACCAGUGAGUUUGAUAAACGGUACUACUGGAGUUAUGCAAAAUAUUCCUAUUCAACAGUUUAUUGUACCAAACCUUGGAGGUAGUAUGGUUAUGAAUGCAGAUGGUACUGCAACUAUUCUUCAAGACACUUCAAAUUUGGGCAUGCAACUUCAAAUUCAAAAUGUUAAUGGGCAAAAUGUUUUGACGCCUAUACAAAACAAUAAUAUGUUCAACGGUGGUCAAAGUAUUCUCGCUGCUGGUCCAGCGGGAAUGGUUAUAAGAGCUCCGACGUCUCAAGGUAAAAUAAUACAGCAACAACACAGUCCCGGAGCUCAGUUUUUGUCACCAAAUGGCAGCCAGUUUGUUGUAAAUGGCCAGUUUAGUGCUGGUCAAUUGAGUCCUUUAGUUGCCAGUGUAAGCCCCUCUCAGCAAGUCACGUUUAAUGCCUCCCCUCAACAAAUCAGACCAAACAAUCAACAGCAGCAAGAAUAUAUUCAAGUAAACGGACAAAUGGGACAAACUCUAAUGGUACCUUGUUCACCCCAGACAUCUUCAGCAAAUCAACAAAACACUACAUUUGUUCAACAAAAUACCACGAUAGUGCAACAACAAACCACUAUGGUAGCUAAUAACCAGCAACUGCAAAAUUUUCAACAGCAAAAUAAUCAGCAAGGACAGCAAAAUGUUGCCAGAGCUACUGCUCUAAAUGUGGACCAACAAAAUUUUAUGAUUAAUGACAAAAACCAAGUGCAAGCUUUGCUAGUGCAACAACAAAGAGGCAACGCCCAGCAAGAAGACAUAAACUAUAGGCACUCCGUUUCAACGCAGACGGCCGUAAAUCAAAACUCUCAAUCGGUGACUAGUAAUAGUUUUUGUCAAACUUCGACGUCAUCGGCCAGCAGUCCUCCGGACACUACAACUUUGAGUCCUUUAGCUUCGGGUGGACAGAGCCCGCCCACUGCUGAUACCACUACGCAUACAGGAAGUACCGAUGAUGGUUUGUCGCCGGCGCCGUCUAAUGGUUCAGCGUCUUGCAGCGAUAUACCUGGGAGACCUGGAUCACGGACUAUGGCUAUGGUACAUUGUGUCUCGAGUAGCGAACCGGACCUACUGGAAGCCAGCAUACAACCGGACCCGGAUUGGCGAAAAACCAACCAAUCGUCCACCUCGAUAAAAGACGAAUUCAUCGCCAUGAAACACGAAUUUACUGACAUCACCAGCGAACACAUGCACUACAGUAAAAAACAACAAAACAUCACGCACAUGAGUUUCGAAGAAACCCCCGCAAUGAUGACCGGAAUUCAGUACCUGACCGAGCAAAAAAUGAAGCACCAGGAAAUUUUGAAUGCGAAACAUUAUGGGAAAAUGAUGCAUCAGAAACGUAGUAGCGACGUCAUGCUGGUCAUGGACUCGCGUCAUAUGGAUUUGUUCGAUGACGAUGAUGAUAAACAGGAACAAGGCUCGGACCAAACUAAAAAACAGGAAUUUAAAAUUGGAGAUUUGGUGUGGGGCCCUACCAAAGGUUCUUCGUCCUGGCCAGGAAAAAUCGUGCAAAUAACGAAGGAGCUGGCCAGCGUCAAGUGGUUUGGUAUCGAGAAAAAUCUUUCAAAAAUUAAGAUCGACACUUUACAAACUUUAACCGAGGGCCUCGAUUCGCAUCAUCGAGCCAGGAAGAAGGCUAGAACUAGUCGAAAAUUGAAUACCCAAUUGGAAAAAGCAAUUCAAGAAGCGAUGACCGAAUUAGACAAGAUUGAAAGCGAACAGGCUAAUGAGUCUGAAGAACACAUGAAAGAUAAAGUAUCUUCGUCAAAUGCGAAGAAAGUAGCGUCAAGAUUAAGGAGUGGACAACGAUAAAGAGUGAAUUUAUAUUUAUAUCAAUUUUAUUAUAGGACCAACAUCGAAAUAUAACCCUGUGUAAACCUAGAUAAAUUUAUAUUAUAAAUUUAGAAACAAGAUAAACGCUUCUAAAUGUUUUUUAUUAUAAGAUAAUGAUACAGUUGACGAAUCAUCAAAUUGUGUAAUUUCUAUGAUUCGUUCACGUUUCAAAAACCAAAAGUAGGCUGAUGUUGUAAUAAUACUGGUAUAUUGAUUCCUAGACGAGAACAUUUUAUAUGAUAUUUUUCAAAUAAUGCCUUUUUUAAAAUUCUAAUAGUUUGAAGCCAUAAUUAUUAUGACCUAAGAUCAAAAACAAUGCCAUUUUUUCAUUUACUAGAGGUUUAAUAAUAUAGAGAGUGCUUUUUUGGUAAAAGUGAACUGGGCUUUCAAAAUAAUUUGUAUAUUAUAAAUUAGGUGUAUAGAGCCUGAACAGAAAAUGAGCAUUAAUUUAUUUUAAAUUCUGUUUUUCUCUAGUCAAUAUUAUUGUUUUGUCUAAACUCUGUAGAGACAAUAAUUUUUAUUUUGAAGUAUUAAGGUGCAAAAAGUCUAGUUUCGAUUGAAUCAAACAACUUCUGACUCAUGUAAACGCACCUUUUACAUUAUCUAGGUAUCAUUCUGUGAUCAAUCGUUUAUUUUUAUCCAGAAAUUGGUAUAUUUUUUAUCAUUUUCCACUAAGUCCUAUCAUCACUCUAUCAACAACAUAUCUUAAUUGAAGAUAUACUAUUUUUGAUUUUAUUAGUGUGAGGCUCAAAUUAUGAAUUCUACAAUAGGAUUUCUUGGUCAAGUUCAUUCAAUAUUACAAAUCAUAAGUUCAAAUAGUUUGAUUCAAUACAUCUCAAUGUAUACAGCAAAUUUCUUGUGAUUUUAAGUUGCUAUGGAUGAAAUUCAACAACAUAAUGUCUAGAAGAUUCCUUGGUUUUUUUGUAGAAAAGUCUUUCACCAAUUUUCUUGGUUACUUCAUUUACAUCUUCACAAGUUGCUCCAUUUUUAAAGUCUGUACAUUAUUUUACCUACGAGCGUGCGGUAAAGUGCACUUUACCGCACGUAUUUGCAAAUGGAAAGUAGCACUUUACCGCACACUAUGCGGUAAAGUUAACUUUACAGCAUAGUGUGCGGUAAAGUGAACUUUAUAGCAUAGUAUGCGGUAAAGUGGACUACAAAGUGUGCGGUAAAGUGCACUUUACCGCAUAGUGUGCGGUAAAGUAGAAUUUGAUAUUUAUAGUCAAAAAUCCUUUUUUUUUUCCAGAAAAUGGAUUUUUGAUAAUUUUUAAAUCUAAUCUAAUUUCAUUCAUUAAUCUGAUUCAAUAAUUAAUUUUAUCAAUGCCCUUUUUUGGAGAUGUAGAUGCUCAUAGGUAAAAUUUUGUACCUAAGACAUGCGGAAAGUGCCUUUACCGCCCUUAACGGCUUGACCGAACUCCGCUUCGCGUCGUUCGGUCAACUGCCGUUGCGUGCGGUAAAGUAUCACUUUCCGCAUUUGUUAGGUAAAUAACUAUUCAAUAGCUGUAUCACUUGAAAGUUGGUUUGUCAAUGAUUAGCUCUCUUUCUAAAUUGGUUAGUUCUGAGACACUUUAACAUGUUUUCCAAGUUAUUAUCAAGUACAGGGUGUUUUUUUAUAUAUUGACAACCCACCUACAGCCUUUACCUUUACAGAAGAAAGGUGUAAAUUCAAAAGUUGUACAGUUUUGGCUGAAUUUUUAAAACCAUAGUCAUAAGCAAAAAUUGAAUUUCGGAAUGUGAAAUAUUGUAUGCUUUCAGCUUUUUCAAAUAGGAUGCGCUAUAUUUGGUUUCAUAUUCUUGAAGAGCACAAUUUCCCGAUUCCAAAACUCUAUAGUUUGUCUAUAUUUGGUUGAGCCGUCUCCAACAUAUUUGGUUCUAAAAAUUUCAAAUCAGAGAAACCAAGUACCUACCUCAAAUUUUGCCUGCAGCUUUCACCUAUACAGGUAGAAUGGUUCACAAAAUCAGUAGUAGGAAAAAGCUGGAAGCAUUCAAAAUUUCACAUUUCUGACAUUCAAAUUUUGUUUCUGACCAUGGUUUCUGAAAAUUCAGUUGAAACUGUACAACUUUUGCAUUUACACCUUUCUUCUACCUGUAAAGGUAAAGGCUGUAGGUGGGGUGUCAAUAUAUAAAAAAACACCCUGUACAAACUUAAAGAUAGUAAGUGUAAAUUGAUACGGACACAGAACGUCUUUAGGCAAUAUAGAUUUUUACCUCUCAUGUAUCUGAGAAGCAUUUCUUGAUACAGGUUUGAUUGCCUGAAAGAAAACAUAUCUUUUUAUGACAGAUAUAUUUGGAUUGCUUGGCCUAACCUCUACACUAAAACCAAAGUGUUUUUGUAUAUUUCGCUUAUUUGGUUGUUCAACGCAAAUACCCACAUUGCUUGGUGUUUGGGGUAUUUAUGUUAUGGACGAACGGUUCUUCCACUCAACAUCAUUAUUGACAUUAGCUGGCUACAAAUAUGACUUCUGAUGAUAUUCUGUGUACCUAUGAUUUUGUAUUGAUUCUGACCUAUUGGUAAGCAACUUUCUGGUGGAAAGGUAACCAAUCUAGAAAUAAUUUGAGCCUCGAAACAAAAUCAAACUAACAUGCUUAAAAUAGUGUUGUCCUUAAGCUACUAGAUGAUAUUAACUACUUGUACAUUAUAUUUUUAUAAACUUGUGUAAUUUAUUGUUUAUACAUAUUAAUUAUGUAGGGAGCUUUGGCAGAUUUGAACAUUAUUGUAUUAUACUAAUUUGUAUUUAUUUGUAAUAUGUUGAUUGUUAUUAUUUUUCAAAUCAAAAAAAUAAUUGCUUUUUUGUUGAUAUUUUUUAAGUUUGGUUCUAUUGGCCAAUUUCUUUCCCAGUGCGUCAGCGUUUUUUAUAUUUUAAUUUAUUUAUAUUAUGACAAAAAAAAAUCAAAUGUUUGUAUAUAUUUUUAAUUAUUAGGUACCUGUUUCUGUAUCGCAAAAGAAAAACUCUUUGUCAAUCCCAGUGAAUUUCUCCAAAGUUUUUAUUUUGUGUACCAGUUAAUAUUAGAAUUAUUUAUUUAAUAAAUAAUAAUAUAUUGAAUCAAAAAUAUUGUUUUUUGCGCGCUCUAAGGGCGGGUAUUAUAAAACUAGUUUGACAAACAACUAAAAGUUAACUUCUAGUUAGUCUUUCAAAAUAGUUUUACAAUACCCGCUCUAAAUAAUGUAGGUUCCUCGAACUAAUUGAUUAAUUUGCUUUUUUUUUUUAAUCGGUCUUUUUUAUACCAGUUUUAAACCCAGUGUAAUCGUUACUGUUGUUUCGAUACUGAACGUGUAUGGUAGCUAAAACAAAAAAAAAAAAACUAUGUCUGUUUUAUUAAUGUACAUAUUAAUUGUAUUAAUUUAAAAUUGUUUGGCCUGCUAUGUUGUGGUUGAACAUUUUUCCAGCCUAAUAAAUACUGGAUUAGAUAUUA